AUCUUCCGGUAUUCAGCAAACACCAAAGCGUUGGAAGCCCUGAAAUCCCGGAUUAAUUUCACUUGGGAUACGACAUUAAAACCGGACUUGGACCCACACAUCGUCGGCAAUCUUCUGAAACUUUACCUCAAAGAACUUCCAGAGUCACUGAUUCCAACAUGCAUGACUGGCGAUUUUCUUAGAUUUGCCUAUUGUUACAGUACCAAAAAACUCUUCUUGACAUUUCAAAAACUCUGUCAAAAUCUGCCCCUGGCUUACUACAACUCUCUCAAGUAUGUAACGCACCUCCUUGCAGAUGUGGCUCAACAGCACAGCGUUAACAAGAUGAAUUCCAAAUCUCUGGGAAUGGCCUUUGGAUCUUGUAUAUUCAGG